AUGAUUUCAGUAACAGGCUUUCUAUCGUCAUUGAUAUGCUUAACUUAUCUAGCCUCGGCUUUUCCAAUUCUUCCAAAGAGAGAAAUUAUAACAAGAGUUCAUACAGCAAGCACGACUAACGUAGUGACAGAUUUUUAUUCUACCACUACCGAAGUGGUUGUUGCUCCAACUGUGGAAUUCUUGAUAAGCGAUAGUGUUACCUUUACCACAACUUUAAUCCCACAAGGUGUCAACCCUACAGCUGAACCGGCCACCACUAUCACAAAAGUUCUUGUAAAGAAGGCUGAAAGGACCACGUUCGCUUCACAGCUAACUUCUGCUUCGCAAUCAAGUCCUGCUCCACAACCAACCUCUACUUUGCAGCCAGUUUCCACGCAGCAAACCAAUACUCCUCCUUCCACAAUAAAUACAGAUGGAGAUGCAGAACAAUUUACUACUACUUCCUCUUCCCCCUCUCCUACUUCUCCUUCUACCUCUCCUUCUACCUCUCCUUCUACUUAUACUUCGCUCUCUACUUCUCCUUCUACUUUUACGUCUACGCAGAAUACGGUCAAUGGUGUUGAGGAAGCUACUGUUGCAGACAGUUCUCACACAGAACAUCAUUCUCAUCAAGCCGCUGCUACUACCACUUUGGAUCAGCAAACAACGACCCCAACAACGACGUCUCAAGAAACUGCCGUACCAACUACGAAGACCACUUCAUCUACUCUUUCAUCCACACAAGAUGCAGCAGUUACUACAUCCGAAGGCUCCUCUAGCAGUAGCGCUGCUAUAAGUUCUUCUCCAAAAGCUAUUGCAUACUCUCCCUAUAACGAUGAUGGUUCUUGUAAGUCUGCUGAUGCGGUCUCCUCUGAUUUAACGAUGAUUAAAUCCAAAGGUAUUGUUAGAAUUCGUGUUUACGGUACUGAUUGUAAUUCUAUCGAAACUGUGCAACCAGCUGCCGUCAAACUAGGCAUCAAGAUUAACCAAGGUCUAUACGUCACUAAUAGCGGUGUUGAUUCCAUAGAUGAUUCUGUUUCCGCAUUGAUUGAAUACGGUCAAACUAAUGGUUGGGACGUCUUUGAUUUUAUCACUGUUGGAAAUGAGGCUAUUCACAAUGGUUGGUGCUCUGUUUCAGAUUUGAUCGGUAAGAUUUCUUCUGUCAAAUCUCAAUUAAACAAAGCUGGCUAUUCUGGUCAAAUCACCACAAGUGAACCGCCAGUAUCGUUUGAGAAUAACCCUGAAUUAUGCAAAAGUUCUGAAAUUGACUUUGUUGGUAUUAACCCACACGCCUACUUUGAUGCCAGUGCUACUGCAGAAAGCGCAGGGACAUUUGUCAAAGGUCAGGUUGAACUAGUUAAAAGUGUUUGCGGCACUCCCAAUGUUUUCAUCACCGAAACUGGUUACCCAUCAGCUGGUAUUCAAAACGGUGGCAAUAUUCCAUCCACAGCUAACCAAAUCACUGCGGUUCAAAACAUCUUAAAUGAAAUGGACUUAGAUGUUACAAUAUUAUCAACUUACAAUGAUUACUGGAAGUCACCUGGCGAUUACGGAAUCGAACAAUCGUUCGGUGUCAUCGACUAUUUUCCAUAA